AUGCAGUCGCACACCGUCGCGGUCAAACCAGACAUCAGUAUCCACUUCGUACAGGAUGGCAACGCCGCGGUGUCGACGCUCCCUGGCUACGAUCCCGGCGGUACGGUAGAGGGGACGCCACAGGGCACGGCAUCGACUGCCGCAGACCCGCAGAACGGGGCGAAGAAGCGACCUAGGGGCCGCCCGAGGAAGGGCCCGAAGGACAACAGUGCAAUUGACCGUCGCCGAGCCCAGAUCCGAUCGGCCCAAAAGGCCUACAGGGACAGGAAGGAUGAGACGAUCCACACGCUGGAGAAGCGAGUCCAGUCUCUGGUGGAAACGAAUGAGCAGCUCUGCAGUGCUUUUACGAAACUUCGAGACCUCGCUGUGAGCAACGGCUUGCUGGUCCAGAAUGCGACGCCGAGUGACGACGUGCAGCCUACCCCGGAUGCCUGCCCGCCAACUGCCAAUGAGCAGUUCAUCGCCUGCAGAGAGCUACCAUCCGGCCAUCAUGUCACUCCUCCUCAGCAGCAGGCCGGGAAUAACAAUAACAGUGUUAUGACAUCCCUCAACCCUCCGUCAAGCCACCAGCUUCCGCCAAACUUCCCCCCUCAGGACCCAACGGUGCUGCCCUUCAGCCUCGACCCAUCCGCCAGCUGGGCCAACCUCUUCCCCGCCAGAGCCUGGCACCCCCUCCAAGAGUCCCUGCUCUCGGCCCCAGGCGCCUGCUCCUCCUACGCGCACCGCGAGACCACCUUCGGGCGGCGCCUGCACCGCGUCGCGCUCGAGACGGGCAUCGCGCUCGUCAACAUGCCCAACAUGCCGCGCGAGCAGUUCGCCAAGGUCUUCGGCUUCUGCAUGCUCUUCGAGACGGUCGAGGACAUCGAGGCGCGGCUGCGGGCCAGCCUGCGCAAGACGCAGGAGGAGAGCCUGUACCACUGGCAGCACCCCUUCCUGCGGCUCGGCGGCUCGGGCGCGCACUUCCCGGGCUUCAGCGCGACGACGACGCCGCCCGUCACCAAGGCGGUGGCGGCCACGGUCUUUGGCGGCGGCGGCGGCGGCGGCGGCGGCCCCGGGCGCAGGAUCGGCAACCACGGCACGGUCGAGAGCUUCAAGCACGUCAACGCCUCGUCCGGGUUCGGCGUCGGGCCGUUCACGCGUGCUGCCGAGGAGGCGCGGGAGAAGCACCUCGACGGGCGGAUGCACAUCACCGUCCCAGGCUUCCAGGGCGACUUUUUCGACAGCGACGAGGUCGAGCUGUCGCUGCUGCGGCGCGGUGUGUACAUCAACCCGUCGCAGGACUUUGUGCGGGUCGAGGUCGACUUGUCGCUGUUUGGCGACGUUCCCGAUCAGGUUGUGGAACUGGGCGUGUCUGACAUGAGCUCGGGCAACGCCAUGCCUUCUGGACCUAGCUUUUCUGGUACAUGCGCGGCGCCACUGGAUCCUAGUCAUCAGUUCGCGGGCGGAAUGGAAGCGUCAAACAUGUUGAGUGUCGACAGCUCCAUGAUCGACAUGAUGCUCCCGGCGACGUCGUUGGACAUUGACGAAGGGUUUGCCGAGAUGUUUACCAUACCCAAUCCGCUCGGCGCUGGCAACGAUGGUGCAGUGCCUGGCACGGCGCCGAGGCAUGCUCAGGGGAUAAAGAGGGUGGUUAUCCUGGAUGUCAACCUGUUUGUCAGGGAACUGGCGGGACGUGUCAUCUGCCUCGGGCGCACACCUGGCUGGCGCCCGGGAGAUGUCAACAGGGCGUUUAGAAUGGCGAUAUUGGAAUCGUGA